AUGAAGGAAGGCAAAGAGGCACCGCCACAGUUUCAGACAGCCCUGGUGCACAUCAAGCCCAAGGAGUGCAUUUUACGGCAAGCCCCAAAGGAGCCAGUGCUGAUGUGCCGGUCCAACAACUACCCGAAGGGUUUCUACUGCAGCUGGCACCUGCCCACACCCACUUAUAUCCCCAACGACUUCAACAUCUCCGUCAUACACGGCACAAGAGAGAUGGUCUGCGAGAAGGAUGCCUUUCCCAAAAACAGGUGUCACAUCAGAUACCUCCAGCUCUUCUCGACGGUGAAGUACAAGGUGACUCUGACAGUCACGAAUGCUCUGGGCAAAAACUCCACCAGUCUCACCUUUGACGAGGUCACCAUAGUAAAGCCGGACCCUCCAGAGAGUGUGGUGGCCAAACCUGUGCCCAAUAACCCUCGGAGGCUGGAAGUGUCAUGGCAAAACCCCUCGUCCUGGCCUGACCCCGAGUCUUUCCCACUCAAGUUUUUCCUGCGAUAUCGGCCUCUCAUCCUGGACCAGUGGCAACACGUUGAGCUGUCAGACGGAACAUCACACACCAUCACCGAUGCCUACGCUGGCAAGGAGUACAUCAUCCAGGUGGCAGCCAAAGACAAUGACAUCGGCACGUGGAGUGACUGGAGUGUGGCCGUCCAUGCCACCCCUUGGACCGAGGAGCCCAAGCAUCUCACCACGGAGGCCCAGAUCACAGAGACAACAAGCGCUAGCACCUCUUCUUUCAUGCCGCCCCCCACCACCAAGAUCUGCGACAAGGGGGCCGUGGUGGGCAGCGGGGCCGUGGCAGUGUGUUGGACAGCUGGACUGGUCUUGGCUGCCUAUGGUGUCCUCUUUAUUUAG